AUGGGUAGAUCGGAGCCUCCAUUCCUUUAUGAUCGUCCAUCCACUUACAGCUUCAAUGGCCCGACCGACCCCGGUUUUAAUCCCAGAGCUGUGACGCAAGCGAGCCGGACUCCCACAUCGCCCAGGAAGCAGCAGGAGGGGCCAUUGAUAAAUUUCAAUAGGCAUCCUGAUUCGUGGGCCACUAUGGAGAAAAAGCCAACGCACACACCGAUGAACCCCAAGGUCAAAAAAUGGGUUAAGGGUGUCAGAGGGACACAGCUAGGUCUACGGGUCAUCACUCUCCUCGGUGCACUUGCAUCUCUGUUUUGCUCCAUCGUUAUCAAAAAUGCGGACACAACCGUCAUCUGGAUCAUGCGGGCCGGCCCCAUUGUCGCAAUUUUACACACUGUUUACGGUGUAUACCAUUUUUGCCGAUCUGCUAUUACACGCCCUCCUGGCUCCCAAGCUAGUUAUGGAGUGUUCGCUGGCACUUUGGAUGCUGGUUUAAUUCCAUUUUAUGUGUUCACGGCAUACAUGGCUCAUGGAGACUACACGACUGAUGCUUAUAGCUGGGGCACUAUGUUCAAGAAUAGUGAAAUCACCCUUGAUAUUGUUGAGGCUACUUUUAUCUGUGCCCUUGUUAAUAUAGGGCUGCACCUUAUUUCGUUCUGUCUUUCUAUCUUCUUGGCCGUCGUCUUCCGCAAGAUUUCCCAUCUUCCACCUGACAUGAACCCACUGGAGGAUAACCUUACAGCUCGCCCGCGCCGAAGCUUCCGCAAAGAUAUCGAUGUCGAUGAAAAGCACAUGAGCUCAUCAACGCUGAUUUCGAACAUGGAAGACCCGCUUAUGGGCUCUCCACGUACCGUACCAUUUAUGCAUACUCGUGAAGAUUCACUUGGUGGCGAAACUAUUCGUGGCUCAGUGGAUAUGAGUAAUGAAAAUCGGCAAUCUCAGAUAUUUGUUCAGCCACUUCGCUUCUCACUGGAACCCUCAAGCCCUGAGAGAUUCUACCAUAACCCCACUGUCGAGUCUUACAAUCCGGCAACAGCCACAUCUGCACCGGAAUACCACAACGUGCCUGCAAGGUCACCGGAAAUCGUCGUACCUAGCACCUAUACACGUCACCUAGCUUCUCGCACUGCUGACAGGUCCGACUCCGUGAGCCCCGUAUCUGACAACUGGGUUAGACACGACGAGCGCUAUCCAUCUCCCAUCAGUGACCUCCAAAACGAAACGGAACAAAGCAACGAAACUACCCUCCGUCAGUCGUCUUCGGUUUACAGCCGACGAACCGAUAAAUCUGCGGCAUCGGCAGCAAGUGGCAUCCGAGACUGGUUCGCAUACCCCCAGAGAAACCAGCCCAGUGUGGGAAGUGUAAUCCCGGAAGAUACAAGGGGCGAGUAUGCAUCACUGGCAGCACAAGAGUAUUACGGCACCGAAGACAAUGACGAACAAGACAUUGGAGCUCAGCAGCGCUUCAAUAUCUUCCCCGACCCAGAAGAACACGAUCACGACAAUGAUGAUGAACCUGGUAUUCCAUUCAACCCACUUAUGCUGAACCCUCCAACCCCACAACCAAUUCUCACCGAGAUCCAAGAAGAUACCGACCCAGUGCGUCGCAACGCGCUGGGAGAUAAUCCAAAUUUCUCACAAAACCAAAAAGCCCAGCUCUUCGUUCCACCUGGAUCCGACUCCCCACCAUCCAAUACCCGCUACUACGGUCAACUGGAAGAAGACAACAGCUCUGGAUUAAGUAUUGCGCCGCGCAAAGUUAGCGACCAGAAAGACAUGAAAAGGCAACCGUCCAAACUCAUUAAGAAGCGAAGUAAGAAACUCGCCGCAUACCAGUCUCUGAAGAAGGACGACAGUGACGACGAGGGACACCUCAGUCCCCGCAUUCCACCAUCUCCUGCAAUUGCCGAAGGAGACCGCAAGGGCCGAGUGGUUAGCAGCUCUGGCGCAGACACAGCUCAACCUGGUCUUGUUAGUGGAGUUGGAGCUUCCCUAUCCUCGUAUGGCAGCUACAUUGCAGGACUGGGAGUAGGACGGCGUCGUGAAGUGAGUGGUAAAGUUGUGGAAGAGGGACGAGGAGGAAAGAGUGUGGAGAUUCGUCCCUUGCCGAGUCCCAACCCCAGUCCGGAGCAGAGCCCUGAUGGGAAAAUUCGGGCUGCUGGAUGGGCACGAUUUGCAGGAUUAUGA